AUGGGAGAAAAUUAUGGAUUAAAAAGUGAACAAGCGCUGAUGACAGCUCAAGAAAACAUAAGCAGGACUGAUGGGUACACUCUGAUUCCUAGAGUCCCAGACUGUACUCUGAAUCUCAGUUUCCCCAAUGGACCCACGAGAGAGGGCUCCGAGAGCUGGGCUGUGAUUGGUCGACAGUACACUCUUGGUACGGCCCUGCAGAAGGAACCACGACCCAUUGUCGCACUACCGGCAGGCCUGAUGGAAGAAUCGGACCCGCUAUCGAGCUGCACUAAUGAUCAAGAGAGCCGUGUUCGGCCGACCCUGGACACCGGAGACGUAGGAUCUCGCCCAAUUGCCAUCUCCGGAUGCAUAAAAUCCGGCAAACAGAUUAUGCAGUCUGAGCAGGCGUUGAGACAGAUACUUUUCAAGAGAUGCAGUUCUCUCCCACGACAACCACGAACCUCAGGGUAG